GUUAUUUCUCGUCUUAUCAAACGUAUUUUUUAGUGUUUUUGUGCUAGGAGAUCCGAUUAAACUGUAUGGACAACAAUAUUAACUGUUAAUCUCAAAAUAAAAAAGCUUUGUUAAAUAAAAAUUGUUUUAUAAUAUAAAAUAAACAUCGCUAUAAAGCGUGUUUAGUGCUUAAUCGUGAAGACUUGUCGUCGUUCACAUCAUCAGUGAUGGUGAUGGCCAGCGGCGGUGGUGGUGGGCUGGUGCAGUCCCCACCCGACAUGCUUCAUCACCACAACAUCAUGGAUACGUCGUCACACGUGGAAAUGAUGCCGAAAAAGCUCCGGCUCUCCCUGUGCGUGGGUUGCGGCGGCCAGAUCCACGACCAAUACAUCCUGAGGGUCGCGCCGGACCUGGAGUGGCACGCGGCCUGCCUCAAGUGCCAGGAGUGCAGGCAGUUUCUCGACGAGUCCUGCACCUGCUUCGUGAGAGACGGGAAAACAUAUUGCAAGCGGGAUUACACUAGAUUAUUUGGUACAAAAUGCGACAAAUGCGGGGCUUCCUUCAGUAAGAACGACUUUGUGAUGCGCGCGAAAACUAAGAUAUACCACAUCGACUGCUUCAGAUGCUGUGCGUGCGCGAGACAACUUAUCCCUGGAGACGAGUUCGCGUUAAGAGAAGGAGGUGCUUUAUACUGUAGAGAAGACCACGAUGUAUUAGAAAAGAGUGCAAACACGAGUACCAGCAGUGGCACGAACGCGGAGAGUAACAACAACACCACAUUAAGCAAUAACAACUCACACCAUCCCCACGAGCUUGGAUCCAUGUCUGAUUCGGGCAGUGAGUCGGGAUCCCACAAAAGCGGCCGCGCCCGUACUAACAACGCCGCGGAUGGAAAGCCGACGAGAGUACGCACCGUACUCAAUGAAAAGCAACUUCACACACUCAGGACCUGCUACGCGGCCAACCCCCGCCCGGACGCGCUGAUGAAGGAGCAGCUCGUGGAGAUGACGGGCCUCAGUCCAAGAGUUAUCAGGGUUUGGUUUCAAAACAAACGGUGCAAAGACAAGAAGAAGACCUUGCAGCUCAAAAUGCAAAUGCAGCAGGAGAAGGUGGAGGGGCGGCGGCUGGGCUACAUGUCGCUGGGCGUGCCGCUGGUGGCGGGCGCGCCGGUGCGGCACGAGGCGGGCGCGCUGCCGCUGGAGGUGAGCGCGUACCAGCCGCCCUGGAAGGCGCUCUCCGACUUCGCGCUGCACGCCGACCUGGACCGCGCGCCGCACCACAGCGCCGCCUUCCAGCACCUCGUCAGCCAGAACCGGAAAAACUACCUCGCCGACUUGCCUUCAAUCGACAGUGACGACGAAAGGGACGAGAAGUCGUGGCAAAAAGUGCCCAGUAUAGUGAUAUUGCUGCUGUUAGGUGCUUAUCUGACACUCGGCUACUUGACGCAACUGGUAGAGGAUGACAUGCCGAAGGUCAUCUAUGAGAAGGACAUACAGAAGGACGAUGCUGAAACCUUCAGCGAGGAAUCGGCAAGGAAUUACCUUGAUCAGAUACUCGGUACUGAACCCAGAGUAGCAGGAACAGCCUAUCAUUAUGAAAAGACUAAGGACUUGAAGGCGUUACUUGACUCUAUAGCUGGGCAAGCUAACUUGCCAGUGAGGACUGAUUGGCAAUUUGUGUCAGGUGACUAUUGGUUUGCGUCCAGUAUACCGCACGUGAACUGCUACACGAACUUAUCCAACAUAAUCGCCGUUGUGGAGGGAGAAAGUGGUUUCCACGCAAACGGCACAAUUGGGACGUCCCUGCUGGUCAAUUGUCACUAUGACUCUGUACCCUUUGCUAUUGGUGCAUCAGACAACGGCGUGUUCUGCGCUGUGAUGGUAGAAACGCUCAGCAAACUGUCGAGAAGGAAGCGCAAGUUGAAACAUAACGUCGUAUUCCUCUUUAAUGGAGCCGAGGAGAACCCUUUGCAGGGGAGUCACGGCUUUUUGAAGCACCCAUGGUCCCAAGGGAUCACCAGUGUGGUGAACUUGGACGCAGCCGGGAUGAAUGGAAAGCCGAAUGUUUUUCAGGUGUCGGACCCGCGCAUUAUGUCGGCUUACCAACGCGCUGUGAACAGACCAAACGCCCAGGGCUUCGGGGAGUUCCUGUUUAAAUCGGGGAUUAUACCUUCCGACACAGACUUCAGAAUCUGGAGGGAUUUCGGUGAUAUACAUGGUGUGGACAUAGCGUUCGUGAAGUGGGGCAACGUGUACCACACUCGCAACGACAAGCAACAGCUGCUGAAACCUGGUGUCGUGCAGAACACGGGCAACAUGCUCCUUGGACUCGUGACGAAUGUCGCUAAUCUGGAAGACCUGGGGACGAAGGUGCCACCGACAUCAUUAGUGUACUACGACUAUUUGAACCUAUUUUUGAUAACCUAUUCGACUACUGUAUCGCAAAUUGUCGAUGUACUGGUUGCACUGUUCAGUCUUCUCACCGUCGCCUACUUUUUAUGGAUCGUUGGAUUUAGACGUUCAUCUCUGAGCGAUUUAUUUAUUACCGCUCUGGGUCGAAUCCUUGCUUUGUUGGUGGGAGCGGUGACGGUGGUAAUUCUGGUGCUAUUGAUGGCUGCCACCACCACGCAGUUGAGGUACCUUUCGAAACCCUGGUUGACCGUUCCACUAUACUGGAUCCCAUUCCUCAUAGCGUCGCUCGUCACAUCACUCACUUAUGAUUCGGGUAAUUCUAUGAAGGGUGGAUUAAACCGUUCGCUACGUGCGCUUCAAGCGAUGGCAGCAACUCGGCUUCUACUCGGAGCAACGUUGCUUGUUCUCGCGUUCUUGCCAAGUCUGGCCGGCUUGCGUUACGUGAUCAGCGUGUCACUCUUUAUAAUGUCCGCUGCGUCACUGAUAUCUAUGAAUAUUGUAAGAUAUUUACGGUUGAAAGCAUGGCAACAGUUAUUACUGGAGUUCGUUCUGUCGCUGCCGUCGACUAUGUUCCUGAUGUCUAUGUCGUUGAGGCUGGGCGCCAUCUUGUUGCCCACUGCUGGGCGACUACCAAACAACAAUCCGGACUACCUUGUGGGCGGAAUCAACUUAGCUCUCGCUAUCCUUGUUUCCAGUACUGUGUCGGGCAUCGAACUGCUGUUCUCUAGAAAACGACUCUGGUUACCCGUCGGCUUAAUAUCCAUCGUGUGUGUCCUUCUGAUGUUUGUGCCAAUGAGUCCGUACGAAGAUGAUGGCAUUGCGACACAGAGGCACUAUUGGUUUCAUUCUAAAAUAGUAACGUACGAUGAGAACGCAACGGAAGUGGAGCGAACAACCGGAGUACUAGUGACCAGACACGAUGCCUACACUCUGAGCACUGUACUCCCGGCAUUAGAGGAGAAGGGGAUACAGCUCGAGAGCAAAACCGACUUCGCUGAGGACUGCAGGAGAUACGUACACUGCAACCUGCCCCUCUACAGGCCAAGGUUCGCGCAGUAUUUACAUGACGUUUUGUUCCUCUAUACGGAUCCACCUUCUCCGUUCGACCCUGAACCGAGUCUCAACGUGACACGGUCGUGCGUUGAUAGCGUUUGUACUUUGGACUGUGUUAUGAUCGGUCCAGCACACAACACCUUGACCUUCGUACCGCGGCCCAGCGUGAACCUGACCAGCUGGUCCUUUUCAUCUCCCUUACAGCCGACAACUCAGUUCACGAACAGAUCUGUGUACGUCGUAAUUCAUUCCACUGCAACCUAUUCGGAGAAGCUGGAGCCACUGGAGUUCACUCUGACAUUUAGUGUAAACCCCACCCUACAAACUCAACCGAUAGUGGACAUUUCUCACCACGCUCAUAAAAUAGCCCACCCGGAAGAUUUCACCGAAGGUUACAAGAAGCUGCUGGAUGCUGUGCCGAAAUAUUUCAAUAUCGCAUCCACUUUGAGUGUCAAAAGCAAUUAUAUAUUUUGAAGGCCU